UUAGAACUUUCACCUUUUCAUCACUCUCUUCCCUAUAGGAUGAUACCAAAUAAUGCAUCCAUUGCAUAAUCUUCUCGUGACUAGAUCUCUAUAUAUGUCAUCACUCCUCUAUCUAUAUAAAUACACAAACCCUUCAACUUAAUUUAUGUGACAUCACAAAUAUUAAACAUAUACCUUUCAUUUCUAUUACUUCCAUUCACUCAUUUUUCAUCAUCUUUUCUCUUCUAUAUAUUCUCAUCUCACAGUUGCACUAACUCAGUCUUAUUGGACUUGGGUGAUUUUCUGAUAUCUAAACUAUAAACCCUAGAUCACUUAAACAACUUCUAUCGACAACACAAAAAACAAAGUCAUAUAAUCAACAUAUUCAUAUACGUACAUUACAAAAGGUGCGCCAAAAAUACAUAUACAAACAUUAAGAUGGAUCGCAUAUCGAAAUUAGCAUCACAAAAGGCGGUAGUGAUCUUUAGCAAGAGUUCAUGUGGGAUGAGCCAUGCAAUUAAGAGACUAUUUUAUGAGCAAGGUGUUGGUCCAGCAAUCUAUGAACUAGAUGAAGAUAAGAGGGGGAGGGAAAUGGAAUGGGCUCUCAUAAGAUUAGGAUGCAACCCUAGUGUUCCAGCAGUGUUCAUUGGUGGCAAGUUUGUGGGUUCAGCCAACAUAAUCAUGACCCUUCAUCUCAAUGGCUCACUCAAGAAAAUGCUUAGAGAAGCUGGUGCACUUUGGCUUUAGGAAAACUUGAAAUAUGGAAGCUCGCAUUCUAGUGCAAAUGCAAACAGCCAAAAAUGGCCUUUUUUAUAUAAUAUCCUAACCAAGCCCUCUUUUUUUUUUUGUGAGACCUUGCGGCUUUAAGAAUAUGCAUUGUAUUAGAAUAAUCUUUGUUACCUCCAAUAUAAUUUUGAGUUGUACUUCUGAAA